UCCAUCUAUCUCCUACAAGCUCCACCUCCUUCCUUCUGCUUACUCCACCGCCAUCUCCGCCUCCGGCCACUGAGCACAGAAUCAAAAACCAGAAAUUUAUUACACACUUCACAAGGCUACAAAAUGGGUACCGGAGAAUAUGACUACCCGAAAUCGAACUUCGAGCAGCAACCGCACAAAGUUGCCAUUCCGCCGCCGCAACCAUUCAUAAAAUCGUUGAAGACCACCGUGAAAGAAACAUUUUUUCCCGACGACCCACUGCGCCAAUUCAAAAACCAGCCUCCUUCACGAAAAUUCGUACUCGGAGUUCAGUAUUUCUUCCCCAUUUUCGACUGGGGAUCUCGUUAUAAUUUGAGUUUCUUUAAAUCCGACAUAAUUGCUGGUAUCACCAUUGCCAGUUUAGCAAUCCCUCAGGGGAUCAGCUACGCUAAACUCGCCAACCUGCCGCCGAUUCUCGGCCUGUAUUCGAGCUUCAUUCCUCCAUUAGUCUAUGCUAUGAUGGGAAGUUCGAAAGACUUAGCAGUGGGGACGGUGGCAGUAGCGUCGCUGCUGAUAGGUUCCAUGUUAGGUGCGGUGGUGAACGCCAAUGAAGACCCAAAGUUGUAUCUUCAGUUAGCUUUCAUGGCAACAUUCUUCGCCGGAGUUCUCCAAGCUUCAUUGGGAAUCUUUAGGCUUGGGUUUAUCGUUGAUUUCUUGUCACACGCGACGAUCGUAGGGUUCAUGGGUGGCGCUGCGACGGUGGUUUGUUUACAGCAGCUGAAAGGGAUAUUGGGUCUCGAACACUUCACUCAUGGCACUGAUCUUGUGUCUGUGUUGCGAUCUGUCUUCACUCAAACCCACGAGUGGAGGUGGGAGAGUGCAGUUUUGGGCAUUUGCUUCUUGUUCUAUCUCUUGGUUGCUAGAUUUGUUAGUACAAAACGACCAAAGCUAUUUUGGAUAUCGGCAAUGGCUCCAUUGACAUCGGUCAUCUUGGGGAGCGUUCUUGUUUAUCUCACCCAUGCCGAGAAACACGGAGUUCAAGUGAUUGGGGAAUUGAAGAAAGGACUAAACCCUAUAACAAUAAUGGACUUGUCUUUUGGGUCUCAAUAUCUAUCUACGGCAAUCAAGACCGGCAUCGUCACGGGUGUUAUUGCCCUUGCUGAAGGAAUUGCUGUGGGAAGAAGCUUCGCCAUGUUCAAGAACUACAACAUUGAUGGAAACAAGGAGAUGAUUGCUUUUGGCAUGAUGAACAUAGCUGGAUCAUGCACUUCUUGCUACCUUACCACUGGUCCAUUUUCGCGUUCGGCUGUAAACUUCAAUGCGGGAUGCAAAACUGCGGUUUCAAACAUCGUGAUGGCAAUCGCGGUGAUGAUCACAUUGUUGUUCCUGACACCACUUUUUCAUUACACACCGCUUGUUGUGUUGUCUUCAAUCAUCAUUUCAGCAAUGUUGGGUCUUAUUAACUAUGAAGAAGCUAUUCACCUAUGGAAUCUCGACAAGUUUGACUUCGUUGUGUGCAUGAGCGCGUAUUUUGGGGUGGUAUUUGGGAGCGUUGAAAUCGGAUUAGUGAUUGCGGUUGCAUUGUCGUUGCUUAGGGUGCUCCUAUUUGUCGCAAGGCCAAAGACAUUUGCACUAGGUCACAUACCUGAUUCAUCGAUCUAUAGAAGCAUCGAUCAAUACCAAAACGUGAAAACUGUCCCUGGAAUCCUCAUACUUCAAAUUGAUGCACCAAUUUACUUUGCUAACGCUGGCUACUUGCGUGAAAGAAUUUCAAGAUGGGUUAAUGAGGAGGAAGACAGAUUGAAGUCGGCAGGAGAGGAUAGCUUGCAAUACGUCAUACUUGCAUUGAGUGCGGUGGGGAAUAUCGACACGAGCGGGAUUACAAUGAUCGGAGAGGUUAAAAAGGUUAUGGAAAGAAGAGGACUAAAGUUGGUUUUGGCGAAUCCGGGAGGAGAGGUGAUAAAAAAGAUGAAUAAAGCGAAGUUGAUAGAAGUCAUCGGGCAGGAAUGGAUAUAUCUAACGGUAGGAGAAGCCGUUGGAGCCUGCAACUUCAUGCUUCAUACAUACAAAAAUGUUGAAAAGUCGGGUUCAAGUGGAUCAUCGUUGGGAAAAGAGACGCAAAGUGACAGUAACGUUUAAUGCGACGUCGUUAUAAGAGCAUUUGUUAGUAUUUGUCUUGAGAGGCGUAUUCAUGCUGAUAAAUAAUUUGUAUAUUGAUUAGCUCCUUUUGUCAAGUUCUUCUAAUUUUUACAAGUAGAACGUUCUCUUUCAAGUAAAAUUUGCAAGGAAAACGGAUAAUAAUUACCGAGUUACGAAAUGGAAGUAAGGGCUCGUUUUCAGCUACCA